UCAGAUUUAUGCCACUAAACUUGAUGUACAAAUCAUGGCGAAAACUGGCGUUUUCAUCCUGGUUCUAUUGCUGCGUGUUUCGAAAGAUAGAAUUCAAGCCAUGCAAGAGUGCGAGAGUGUCAAAAUCACUCGUGUUAUGACGUUUGACAAUCGGCUGUUUUCAAGAUGGUUGUUGUGGACAAAAUCAUCAGUGAACAGAAAUGAAUGUGCCACCUUCUGUCUCCAAGAGAAAACCUGCGUUACCUUUCAAAUGAAGGCAGAAGGACCAGUCUGUAGAGGCUACGCCGUCGCCUUUAACGGGAACUCCGCAAGUGAAUCAGCCUCGGGAUAUAUGUUGUAUGAAACGGACAAAGCUCGCGGCUUUAUCGGAUCUUCGUGUCUGAACAACGCAGACUGUUACGUGGCAAGCUCCGUCUGUGUCAACUCCGAGUGCAUGUGUGACCCUGGACUGGCAUUCUCACCUCAACAAAAGGCUUGUGUUUCAACUUGUACGGACUACGGGGCUCAUUACACUAUAAUACGUGGCUACUUUAUAGAGGCAAACAACAUGGCUACCUACAACGGGGUGACUGAACAACAGUGCAUGAACCACUGCACCGCUCAAACCACCUUUGUCUGCCGGACAGCUGAUAGGCAAGCCGAUGACGGGAGAUGUGACCUCACCAACCAAACACUCCUGACUGUUGACGCAUCUCGCUACAGAAUAGUAGAGGAUCGUACAGCUAUGACCCAAUUUUCCAGAGAUUGCAAAGCCUAA